UGAACGCAGCGGGGGGAGCUUCAAGAUGGUGAAGUUCGGGCUCCAGUUUAAAGCCACUCUGGAGAAUGUGACCAAUGUUCGGCCGCUGGGCGACGACUUCCGCUGGUUUCUGAAGCUGAAGUGUGGGAACUGUGGCGAGAUCCCAGACAAAUGGCAGUAUAUAACCCUCGUGGAGAGUGUGCCACUGAAAGGAGGAAGAGGCAGUGCCAGCAUGGUGCAGAAGUGCAAACUUUGCUCGAGGGAAAAUUCGAUCGAUAUCCUGGGCGACACAAUCACGCCAUAUAAUGCUGAUGACAGUGAAAGCUUCAAAACAAUGGUGCAGUUUGAGUGUCGAGGUCUGGAGCCCGUCGACUUCUUUCCACAAGCUGGGUUUACUGCACAAGGAGCAGAGUCCAGGACUCAGUUUCCUGAAAUUAACCUACAAGAAAAGGACUGGACAGACUACGAUGAGGAAGUCAAGGAGUCGGUGGGAAUAUAUGAAGUCACCCAUAAGGUCAUCAAGUGCUGAUGUCACGGACGAAUGAACACUGCGACCAAUCACAUGCAGGCCUGGUUUCCUGGCAACAUGGAUGCUGAAGAUGCUUCGGUGGCUUGGGUUGGUUGACGAUGAACAUUGAGAGAAGAGGAAUAACAACACAGGUUAAAACGUUUUGGAUUGAUGAACCUGUCCCAAAGACAAGUUUCUUUUCUUUUAUUUUUUUCAAUGCCUCAAUAAAAUUGAAGUGUGAAAAUUG